AUGAAUACGUUGAGAAAAAAGAGUGUUAUUUAAAUGAAAUAAAUCGACACUCCUUCUACACAAUCAACCACUAGAAAGACUUUACAAUCUAGAUCAAAGAGAGCCAAGACUGAACAUAAUUAUCCUGAAGUGAGUCAAUUUGAACCAUCUAAAAAAAGGAAUAGAGAACAAUUAUUACCAUAAACACAUUAAUAAUAUUUAAAAGCAAAAAGAGAUAUAGAAUAUACAUAUCUUAUAUAAUAAAGAAGAAGAUAAAAAACAUAGCAUAAUGAAAUUCCUUUUGAUUUAAAAAUGGCUUAUAUUAUUAAAAGAUAAUCUGUGACUGGAAGAAAAAUAUUACAUAAAUCCUCAUUUGAAGAAAGUGUAUCUUCUCCAAUUACAAAAAAGAAAUUAGAUUCUAUAUGUGAAGAAACAUUCUAACUUCAACCUAUUAAAAAAGAUCCAAUCCUUGAAUAAGAAUGUUUGGGUUAUCCAAGUUUACAUUAAGAAUGGGAUAAAAGAUGGGAAUCUUUAUUUGAGACUUUCUUUGAAAUGUAGGCAGUGAAAUCAAAAAAUAUUUCCUAAUAAAGUGAGACUCGUAAAGAUAGUAGAGUAAAAUUUAGCAAAGGUAUUGUAAUGAAGAAUAAUUAAAGGCCAAUAAAUAAUAGAAUAAAUAAUGAUGAGAUAUUAGUAUUAAAAAGAGAAUUAUCUAAAUAACCUAUUUAUAGAGAUAUAUAGAAAUUGGAACCCAUCUUUUAAAAGAACAAAUUUUUAUCAAGAUUUAAUGAAAUCAUAAGAAAAAUUAUUAUUCAGUAAUGUUAAUUAAGAGAAUAUUAGCCUGAUGAACUUGUAUUAUCCAACGAGAUUAAUUGUGAUAAAGUAUUUGUUAUAGUUUUGGGAUCAUGCAAGGUUGUUAUGACUUCAUUUAAUAAAGAUCAAGAAAUUUUAGGUAGAAUGGUUAUUAGAUCAAUUUAUGAUGGAUACCAUAUAAAUGUUGAUAAUUUAUUAAUUGAAAAAAAAAUAGAGGAUAUUAAGAAAAUGAAUAAUUUGUCAGAAGCAAAUUUAUAAUAAUAUGUUAAGAGUGAAAUAUAUUCAUAAGAGAAGUCUGUUGUAAUUGAAAUUAGUAGAGAAAUAUAUGAUAAUGUAUUAACUUAUGCUAUUGAUGAAGAAAUGAGAGAAAAGAUUGAAUUAUUAUAAAGGAUUAAGAUUUUAGGAUUUAAUAAAGAUUUAAGACCUUUGGCUGCAAUUUUACAUUAUCAUGAAUAUAAAUUUGGAGAUUUAAUUAUAUCAGCUAAAUAAGAAAUUAGACAUUGUUAUUUUGUAAAGUCAGGAAGAAUUAAAGUAACUAUUUGUACUAGAAAAUAAAGAGAAUUAUAUAAUUACUUAACAUAAUCUAAUUAAAUAGAUUUAUAUGAUUUUUCAGAAGAAAGUUCAAUUGUAAAAACUAGUAAAAAUAUUGAUCAUUGUGGUAAAAUAUUAAGGACAAAUAAAAAUAGUCAUCCUUUUAUGGAAAUGAAUAUUCAUAUUGAUAUAAAAAGCUUAGAAGUAGGAGAUUUCUUUGGAGGAUCAAGUCUUCUAACUCAACAAGAAAUAAUAGCUACAAAUAGAUAUAAGAAAGAUAAAUUAGCAUUGGUUAGUUUGAUUGCUUUGACACCUGUAGUAGAAUUAUAUUCAAUUGAUAGCAUGGAAUUUGAGACAUUACCAGAUGGAUUUUAACAUUAAUUAAAAGAAUUAAGUUUAUCAUAGUCAGAAUUUGAUGAUUUUGAUGUAGAUAAAAUUGUUAAUGAUUAUGAUUAGUGGUCAAUACUUAAGUAAGCAUAUUAUAAAAGUUUAGCUAAAAAUUGA